GUGGCCCACCAAAGUUGGGCCUAUUUAGGCCCAAUAAGCCUCUUCUUCUUCAACUCCUCUAAACUCCCCCAAAGUAAAUUAACGUCCAACUCUCCCGGGACUCCGUCAACUUAACCAGAUCGUCCGGCCAUCGGAAUUUUUCCAAUUUACAAAUGACAGAGCUUAACGCCGACCAAACCAACAACGUUAAACCGACAAUAAUUCCUUCGUCUCAUUCCGAACAAAAAGACGAAGGAUUAAGCGAUGAAGUACUAAGAAAUCUACUAUUAGUAGAUUUAGAAAAGUUCCCUCCUACUCCUCCUUCUGCUGUACAAUCCAAUUACGUCACCUAUUUUGCUCCUGAUUUUAUGAAACCUGGGCAUGAUCAGUAUGUUCAUCGACAUGCCAAUGGAUUGUGCAUAAUUGGGUUGGCUUCGACUCACAUUGCGUUUAAGGAUGAAGGGAUUACUUCGGUUGAUUUCAAUGUGGGGAAGUGUGAUCGUAGUGGAAUCAAGGUCACUGGAAAGCGCAAACGGAACGCCCAUCAUUUUGAGUCUAAUACAGCAGUAUGUAAAGUCUGCACAAAAGACGCUUCUUAUAUUGUGAGGUGUUGUGUGAAAGGCUCUCUAUUAGAAGUCAAUGAUAGGUUGAUUAAGCAACCAGAACUGCUGAAUUCGUCGGCAGACAGGGAAGGCUAUAUUGCAAUCAUAAUGCCAAAGCCGGCAGAUUGGAUCAAGGUCAAGACCACUUUGCUGGCCACUGAAGAGUAUAAAGAGUUGAGAAAGGAUAUGUUGCAGUCAUAAUCAGGAAAGAUGGCAGAUCAGCUCGUUGAAGGCAACAUUUCCUGCAAUGUUGUUCUCUUUCUGUAAGAGUAAGGUCUAUUAGUUCUCUUUGCAGGGGUGACUCAAGGGUAAGACUAGUAAAACGUAUGCUUUAGGCUCCAAAAAAUUUGAGGCCCCAAAAAACAUUAUAUGAAUUUUAUGAUUUUAAUUUCACUUCAAAUAAUAUUAUAGAUUGAAAAAUAUAAAAGGUACAAAAUUUAAACUAAUGAAAA